AUGGAAGACAGAAAUAUCACAGAUGUGAAAGAAUUCAUUCUCCUGGGAUUUUCUGAUAUUCCCAACUUGCAAGGCCUCCUUUUUGGGAUUUUCUUAGUUAUUUACCUGGGUAUCAUCAUAGGUAAUAUACUUAUCAUUAUAAUUACAAAAGCUGAUCCAGUUCUCCAAACCCCCAUGUAUUAUUUCCUUGGAAACUUUUCCUUCUUAGAAAUUUGUUACACUUCAGUCACUCUUCCCAGAAUGCUAAUGAACCUUUUGAUCCAGAAGAGAAAUAUUUCUUUUUUGGCAUGUGCUGCACAGCUCUGUCUAAUUCUAGGACUGGGAGGCAGUGAAUGCUUCCUACUAGCUGCCAUGGCAUAUGACCGCUAUGUGGCCAUUUGUAAGCCCCUUUACUAUUUGUUCAUCAUGAACCAUAAGAUUUGUGUUCAGCUGGUUAUUGGGUCCUGGAUCAUUGGAACACCAGUUGUGUUAGGACAAACAUAUCAGAUUUUUUCUUUACCCUUCUGUGGUCCUACUAAACUCAAUCACAUUUUCUGUGACAUCUACCCUAUACUACAGGUAGCAUGUGGGGAUACCUCUUUAAGUGAAAUAUUUAUCUAUGCAGAUGUUGUGUUGUUUGGCAUUGUUCCCUUUCUAUUAAUAUGUUGGUCUUAUGUCAGAAUCAUUGCCACUAUUUUGAAGCUGCCAUCAGCAAUAGGGAAAUCUAAAGCUUUUUCAACUUGUUCUUCCCAUCUCAUGGUGGUGGGACUAUUCUUUGGUUCUGGUAUCAUUGUAUAUUUGCAACCCAAGUCCAGUCAUUCAUCAGGAAGAGACAAAAUUCUAUCUCUUUUCUAUACUACUUUGACUCCAUUAUGUAAUCCAAUGAUAUACAGCCUGAGGAAUAAGGACUUCAUUGUGACAAUAAGGAAAUUAUUAUCUAAAUGUAUAAGAUCAGGAAAUGAAUAG